AUGCCAUUUCAUUAUAAUUUCUUAUUUUAUUUUUAGACAUUAAAUUGACAAUACCCAAACUAAUCAGUGUCCUAAUAUAAGCCCAUACUUCAAAGACCAUCGCAAUUCUCAAAAUUUCAACAUCACGAUGGAGCAAGAUAGCCCCAACACGAAAAAAUUCAAACGGGCGAAGGAGAAAUUUCGAGCUCAUCUGGAACAAGUCGAGGCUCAAAGGCGAAGGACAAUAUUUUUAGACGAAGGUCCUAGUACCAGCCGAAAGAGGAGAACAAAUCAAUACCGUAAGCCCAAUCCAAGAAAGGGUAGCAGUCAAUCCUCAUCGCCCCAGCACCAAAUAUUUUACCGAAUGUGCAGCACAACCCCGAAUGACGUUCCACAGCAAAAGUGUAACACGACCGAAAACAACAGCGACGAUAUCGAUGAAACUGACUCUUUGAACGAGGAAACCCAGCCUAGUAGUGACGUCCCGCGUACACCAACCUACGCCCCGUGUUUUGGUUCGCCAAAUAGCUUUAAGCCGGCUUCCGAUGUGCUCUCAACACCCACUUCAAGGUGCUCAGAAAUGCCUGUUACACCGGGUAAAGAAUGGUGUCGUGACUCAGAUGACGCAUCAACUCUUUCUCGGCCCAAUAUGGAGGAGUCGGGUGAAUCUCAAUCAAAUUUCGAAAUGGAUGAAGAAUGUCGGCGUAUGUUUUACGGUUACUUAGAAACCUCAGUGACUCGGCGAGCACAGUCACCCUUAUCCUCGAAUAAUUCCUCGCUGGAUGAGUCGGAUAACGAAGAUCAACGUUCCUCGUCUCCGCCAAAAAGGUAUGGUCUGGGAUUUGUCCGUCAGAAAGAUAGCCAAUACAAAUAUCUCGGAUUUCGCUGUUAUGAGAGAACAGUUACUGUGCAGCUUUUGGUCCCCGACUCCGGGGAAAAUCCAAUAUAUGAAAUAACCAACCCACCGCCGGAUAAUCAUCGUACGCCCUCACCCGCGAUAGGGGAAGAGAUCAACACCGAAGAUAUCCAUUCAAUAUCCAACACCUCACACAAACAUGAGGAGGUUCCUACUUCAUCCUCACAUGCUUUCGCACAUUUAGAAGAAGACUCCAGAUCGACCGCAAGUAGUUUUGUGACAGUUUCCGAAGAUCCUAGUUCUGAGUGGUGGACCCAAUGGCAGACGCUGGUUGGUGUUCCUCCAUCAUCACCGCCAUAUAACAUAACCGAACAAGCAAAUCUGUUGCAUAGUGAUGACGUACAAAUUCCAUCGCAAUCCAAUGCUGCCGUCAUAUCGGACGAUCACAGGUCCCCCAACGUGAAGGAAGAUAAAUCAUUACCAGGAACGCCGGGACACGUUGUCGAACUGUCAUCACCAUCGAUGUCUCCCCGAUCGUCAUCCUCAUCCUCAUCAGCCUCGUCGUCUUUAUCGUCAUCCUCAUCCUCAUCAGCCUCGUCGUCUUCAUCAUCAUCCACAAGCCAAACGAUGACACCUCAUCAGCCAACAUUGUGUAGCAGUCAACCUUCCAUCGAUGAAGUGUUUAUACCCAGUAAGGAGAAUAAUAGCACACCAAGUACAAUCAAAUUGCCAGUCACUGAAAUCCCAACUGAGUCAACGCCAUCGUCCUCGACAGACAAUCCCGUGAACGAUAACACAAUUCUCGAACUGCCAAAUUAUCCCGAAAACCUACAAAUCCGUAUCGAGAAGUUUAAAAACAAUUGGAAAAAGGGACACAAACUGAAGCGAAUUGUUAAACAAGAUGGCAAGCAGUACCGCAUAAUAAUAUCAGCAGACGGGGUAGUGAAGGUAUCUCUCCGAACUUCUGCAAUUGGUCUCUAACAUACCUUCCUAUUCGACCGAGAUAUAGUCGAACCAAAGUGCCCAUGUCGGAGAAAUAAAAGGUUACAUAACACCCUAGGGCUUCCUGGCUAUUGAAACCCAAUAGCAAUAGAGAAAGCAAAUCAAGGAAUCAAAAAUCAGAGGGAGGAAGAGAUGCCAUGUAACGCCCAAAAGUCAUGCUUUCGUUUUUGGGGUACAUUAUUAUUUUAAAUACCAUUUUUACUUACGUCCCCUAGUAGAAAGAAGUAUACUUAAAAUACAACAUUGGAACCCCUGGUGGCAAAUGGCGGAACUACGCAAAACUGUCAGAUUGGGAUCAGCUGCUGUCAUGAGAAAACAACAAUCGUUGUCCAGCCAAAAAGGUAUAAAAGGAGACGCAUUUCACACAAUCGAGAUCAGUCUUCUGUUGAUGGCUGGUAAGUCAAGUGUGAUUGGGAGGAAGAAAAGGCGCGCAACCUCGGUUGAAUUGAGUCUUAGUAAGCCAAACAAUAAGCCUUGACUAUUUGUGGUGACUGGACUGGACUGAACGCAGGGUCAAGUGAGGGUUGUAGCAAUACUCCCUAUUCUUCGGGCUGCGUUGACGGCGACUGAACGCAGGGUCAAGUGAGGGUUGUAGCAAUACUCCCUAUUCUUCGGGCUGCGUUGACGGCGACUGAACGCAGGGUCAAGUGAGGGUUGUAGCAAUACUCCCUAUUCUUCGGGCUGCGUUGACGGCGACUGAACGCAGGGUCAAGUGAGGGUUGUAGCAAUACUCCCUAUUCUUCGGGCUGCGUUGACGGCGACUGAACGCAGGGUCAAGUGAGGGUUGUAGCAAUACUCCCUAUUCUUCGGGCUGCGUUGACGGCGACUGAACGCAGGGUCAAGUGAGGGUUGUAGCAAUACUCCCUAUUCUUCGGGCUGCGUUGACGGCGACUGAACGCAG